AAACUUUUAUCAAUAACGAAGCAUGAUAAUGAUCACAACAACAAUAAGAGUAAUGCAUUGAGAAUAAGAGUAGAUUCUGGUGGAUGUCAUGGAUUUCAAUAUUUUUAUGAUUUAGUGAAAACUAAUUCAUUAAAAGAAGAUGAUGUAGUUUUUGAUAAGAAUGGAGCAAAAGUGAUAAUAGAUGAAAUAUCUUUAGGAUUAAUUAAAGGUUCAAAAAUAGAUUAUACAGAGGAAUUAAUCGGGUCACAAUUCCAAGUAAUAGAUAAUCCGCAAGCAGUGUCUGGCUGUGGGUGCGGAAUUAGUUUUGAGGUUAAGUUGUGA